UGUUUUAGCCCUCUGGAAGGUAUUUAACAGGAUGUACGGUAACAGCCAAUUCGAUGGAAACGCUGCCUUCUCCGGCGGGGGUUUCAUGCCUUCUCAAGCUACACAAACUGCCGAUCCAGCAUUUACUCCGGCGAAGAAUCGCGAGGCUCAGGCAUUGCUUCCGUUAACCGUGAAACAGAUAAGUGAAGCUUUUCAAGCAAGUGACGACAAAGCGAACUUCCUAAUUGAUGGGGUUGAUGUGAAUAAUGUGAAAUUGGUCGGGAUUUUGUAUGAUAAAGUUGAAAGGAUAACUGAUGUUUCAUUUGUGCUUGAUGAUGGGACUGGUCGCAUAGAUUGCCAUAGAUGGGUAAAUGAAGCUAUUGAUAUGAGAGAAAUGGAGCUACUCUUAAAUGGCAUGUAUGUAAAGGUACACGGGCAUUUAAAGGGGUUUCAAGGCAAAAAACAAUUGAUGGUGUACUCUGUCAGGCCUGUCACAGACUAUAAUGAAAUUUCAAACCACUUUGCUGAAUGUAUAUACGUCCACUGCUACAAUACCAAGCACCGGAAGCAGCAGGAUGCUGGCCAAGUUUCUGGCCAUUUACCAAAUUCAGCUGUUAACACCCCUACAAAAGGAUUUCAAUCAACCCCGUCAAAUCAGUUUUCUGUACAAUAUAACUUGGAUGAUGUCCAGGGCAUUGAUAAAAUGGUUCUAAACUAUUUGCGGCAGCCAUCAUGCAUUGCACGAGAAAAAGGCGUCCAUCGAAACGAACUUGCCCAACAACUAAAUCUUACUGACACAAAUAUUGCAGAUGCGAUUAGGUCUCUGGAAGGAGACGGUCUAAUAUAUUCGACCAUUGAUGAGCAUCACUUCAAGUCCACCACCAAUGGUUGAACAACCAACACAAGACUCAAAUUGGUGAGAUGAACUAUUGCUUGUAUAUUGUUCAUGCAUGCAUACUUUGAUUUGCAUUUGCAUUUGCAUUUCUCAUUAGAUUGUCAAUCAAAUCUCUUCUAUUGCAAGGUAUUUUUAUUGCAAUUGCUGCUAGCACCUGUUGGUGUAAUUUGAAAAUAUUUGAUGUCAAUUCAUAUUUGUAGGUUUGUGUAAGAAUAUAUUUCAGAUAUUGGAAUCAAUACUAAUAUGUGUGAUAUGUAUUGUGUUA